AUGAGAGCCGGCACGUGCCAACUUGGCCGUGGUAUUCGCAACCCUCCAGAUUUCGACGUAUCUCAAAGCCGCCGUGAUCGUCUUCUCAAUAAUUUUGAGUUGACUUCGUUAAGAGGCUGUUGGUACCAAGUAGCCGAAGCCACUGACUACGUCCACGUGUUGGGCUUCGUAUACAACAUUGACCGGUCUGAGACUGUUGUUCGCUUCGAAGUCCAGAACCAGACUAGUUCUUUGGUGUUCUUUGUUGGCUUUGCUCAAGGUCGAGCGGAUAGAGUCUGA